AAUAUAUAUGCACCAAAUGAUCAAAUGAUGAUUCAUAUUUAUUUUUGGAUGCAUAAUAGAAGAAAUUUAAUACUUUUCAUAAAAUGCUAUUGUUGUUGAAAUGGGUUGUGAAUCAGGAAUCUCGAUAGGCAAUGUAAGCAAAUUAUUGUAAGAAUAAAACAACAGAGUUUUGAUGUGUAUUGGAAUUGAUAUAAAUUAUGAUGCUUGCAUUGCCUCAUCAAGAAUAAUUCAAGAAAAUCAGACAUAUUAUGAUUGUUUGAAUGAUUGGUUUUAGAUAAAAUUGGAGUAGAUGUUUUUAUUUUUAAUCCUCCUUAUCUCCUUAUGUUCCUACUGAAGAUGAAGAAGUAGAAAAAUGCAAGCAAUAUUUUUAUGAAAAGUAGAAACUUUUUGCAUAAGCAUAUGCCAAUAAUAUGAGAGGUUAAGACUUAAUUGAAGAAGUUUCUAAAGUGAAUUUAAUUGAUUGUUCAUAUUCAGGAGGUAAGGAUGGUAUGUUAAUUACAUAAAAGAUCCUUGAAAAAGCAUAUAAAUUAAUUACUCCUAAUGAAAUUAUGUAAAUUAUUAUUAUUUAUAUAAGUUAUUUGUUUGUAAUUUAAGAAAAUCCUAUAGAUUAAAUAGUUUCUUUCUUUAAAGAAAAAGGAUAUGAAGCAUUUAUUCUUAAAAAAUAACAAAAUACAACGAAAUUUAAUUUAUUUUGA